AUGAGUAGCAGCGACGAUGAACACGAUACGAAACAAAGAAAUGACAAAGAUCGACGUAAUGUCAGAAAAUCAAGGGGUGACCAUAAUCGAAUUUCGAGAGGACUUAGUGAAUCAAAACAUAGUCGUUUUGGACAAGAUGCUCAAAAAGAAUCAUCAAUUUCAGAUAGAAGAACUCGGUCUCCAAAUAGAAAAUCAAGGGGUGAACAUUACGGAGUUUCAAGAGAUUAUAGAGGAUUAAAGCGUAAAUCAAGGCGUGAAAAUAGCCAAACUCCAAGACGUCAUAGACAAUCGAAGCGUCGUCGUCUUAGUCAAGAUGAUCAAAGGCAUCUAUCACUUUCACCUAAGAGAACUAGGUUUCCAGAUAGAUAUAAUUCGCCACCUAUGACGCGUUUAAGGGAUUUUCCGAUUACUCAAGAACAUUUAAUAACUGAUAAACGAUCAUUAGUGGAACAUAUUGAACACGAGUGGCAUUUUCAAAGAAUCCAACUAAACAACUUUUUUGUCGCUCAUAAAGACGAGGAAUGGUUCAAAAAUAAAUACCAUCCGGAUGAUAGUGCAAAAGAAAAGGAAAAGCUAACUAUUGUACUUAGGAAACGGUUAGAAGUUUUUAAAGAAUUUUUAGACAAUGGUAAAAUUGAUUCAGUUAGUGUUGAUGCUGAGAAUCCAGGUCCUCUAGUUCAUCUUCUUGAUUCUGUCAUAAUAAAACUUGAAGGAGGCACAGAUUUUGAUUUAACAGUAUUGAAUCCAACUGGGAAAUCAAUAAUCCAACAGAAGUCAAAACAUGAAAAAAAAGAAACCAAUAAAAAAACUAAUACUAAUGAAAAUUCUGAUGGCAUACUAGACAGUGAUAAAAAAGUUGGUGAAGAAACAAAUAUAAAAGACAAAUAUGUAGUCAAUAAAAACAGUGAAGCAAUGAAUGUAGAUGUUAAAAAACCAGAAAUCUUCGAGAUAUCAAACAAUAACGAUCAAAAUAAUGAUGUAAGACCAAGAGCAUUGCACCGCACAGCUUCAAUAUCUUUACGUAAUUUAGCGCCUACAAUAAUGAAAAGUGAACUGGAAACGAUUUGUAAACAGCAUACAGGAUUUAGAAGACUACAUAUGGGUGAUCCGUUACCAGAUCACCUUUGGCAUAGACAUGGUUGGGCAAUAUAUGAUGGAGAUGUGAGGAUCAAUGACAUUUUUCGGAAUCUCAAACCUGUUAGAUUGCAUGGCAAUAAACUUGGUGUGAAUGAUAUAAAAAAAGAUACGAAAGCCCGCAUAUUACCAGUCAAUGGAAUAACAAAUCACUUCCAAGUUGCUCGUAAUGAUAUCAAACUAUGCGCCAGUAUUAUAAACCACUUUGAUAACCGUUCAGGUUUAUGGCAGUCAAUUGAUAGAGAGCAAUCAGCAAUGGAAACCACUUAUGGUGUCGUAUCACGGAAUCCUGUUUUACAGAACAUAAUAGAUUUUAUAACUGACGAAGCGUCGGCAGAAGAAGAAGAACUUUUAGGCAAAAGUGUUCCUUUUAAAUUCGAAGUGAAUACUGAAAAACAUGUACAGCUGUUAAAGGAUUUGGAUAGAAUGUUACUUUAUUUACGUAUUGUCCAUUCAGUCGACUUUUAUAACUAUAAAGAGUAUGCACAUGAAGAUGGCAUGCCUAGCAAAUGUAAUAUUAUGCAUGCUCGUUGUGCACCAACCCUUUAUCCGCCUACAAAACGAGAAAUCGCUGAUUAUUGUCAAUAUUUUCGAUCAAAUGCUGAAUCUUUGAUUGUCUCGACAAAAGAUGCAAGCGAAAGAGAAUUAAUUCAACUUGGAUCUAGAGACGAAGGAGAAGAAGUCAAAAUGUUUAUUAAUUGCAAUACAAAAAAAAUAUCAACAGACAAGUGGCUAUGCCAUUUGUCAGGAAAAAAAUUCAAAAGUCCCGAAUUUGUUCGCAAACACAUUAUCAGGAGGUACACUGAUCUACUGAACGAUGUGAAAAAAGAAGUGAAAUAUUUCAAUAAUUAUCUUCGAGAUCCGAAUAGACCACAACCAUUUCCUCGAUCUCGUCUAGCUCUAAAUCUGUGA